GUUACGGCAGUUACGACAAUACGGGGGUUAUGACAGUUACGACAAUACGGGGGUUACAGCAGUUACGACAAUACGGGGGUUAUGGCAGUUACGACAAUACGGGGGUUACAGCAGUUACGGCAGUUACGACAAUAUGGAGGUUAUGGCAAUUACGACAAUAUAGGGUUACAGCAGAGCAACAGGUUAUGGCAGACAAUAAGUUACUAUUACGGCAAAACAACAGUUUACGACAAUACAAUAUAUUACCA